CAUGUGGAGCGUCUGCUGGCGGACGGACUUUCUGCACCAGGGUUCGCGCCACUGCGGGGGGAAGAGCAGCAGCAGCAGCGGCGGAGGAGAUGGAGAUGGAUUGCUGAUAUCUGCCUGUCCUGGGUUUUUUUUGCCGUUCCUUUUUCACCCGGCUGACGUCAUGCUCCACGUCUCUCCAUAGUUUUAGCCGAACAAAAUGAGGAUUUCUUGCCAUCAGCUUUUACUGAUAUUUUCCUGCGUUCGCGGACUCGCCAUGGGGGCUUUUCCGAGCAGCGUUCAGAUCGGCGGGUUGUUCAUCAGAAACACAGAUCAGGAGUACACUGCCUUUCGCUUGGCCAUAUUUCUGCACAACACGAGCCCCAAUGCGUCAGAGGCACCCUUUAACCUGGUGCCCCACGUGGACAACAUUGAGACAGCUAACAGCUUCGCCGUCACCAAUGCCUUCUGCUCGCAGUACUCGAGGGGCGUAUUCGCCAUUUUCGGCCUAUACGACAAGCGCUCCGUGCACACACUGACGUCCUUCUGCGGAGCGCUGCACAUCUCCCUCAUCACGCCCAGUUUCCCCAUCGAGGGCGAGAGUCAGUUUGUGCUGCAGUUGAGGCCGUCUAUACGAGGAGCUCUGCUCAGCAUCCUUGACCACUACGACUGGAACCGCUUCGUCUUCCUAUAUGACACUGAUCGGGGAUACUCUAUCCUGCAGGCCAUCAUGGAGAAAGCAGGUCAGAAUGGCUGGCAGGUCAGUGCAAUCUGCGUGGAGAACUUCAAUGACGCAAACUACCGGCAGCUCCUGGAGGACCUGGAUCGCAGGCAGGAGAAAACAUUCGUCAUAGACCUGGAGCCAGAGCGACUCACCAACAUGCUGGAGCAGAUUGUGAGCGUUGGCAAGCAUGUCAAAGGCUACCAUUACAUCAUGGCAAAUUUGGGUUUUAAGGACAUCAAUCUGGAGCGUUUCAUGCAUGGUGGGGCAAACGUGACAGGCUUUCAGCUGGUGGACUUCAGCAAUCCCAUGGUGAUUAAACUCCUGCAGCGCUGGAACAAGCUGGACCAGAGAGAGUACCCCGGCUCAGACGUCCCUCCCAAGUACACCUCCGCUCUGACAUACGAUGGAGUGAUGGUGAUGGCAGAGGCCUUCAGGAACCUGCGCAGGCAGAAAGUGGACAUCUCACGCAGGGGCAAUGCCGGAGACUGCCUGGCAAACCCGGCAGCUCCCUGGAACCAAGGCAUCGACAUGGAGCGCACACUAAAACAGGUCCGGCUCCAAGGAUUAACAGGAAAUGUCCAAUUUGACCACUAUGGGCGCCGAGUCAACUACACUAUGGACGUGUUCGAGUUGAAAGGCAACGGCCCCAGAAGAAUUGGCUACUGGAAUGACGCUGAUAAGUUGGUCCUGAUCCAGGACCAAGCCUUGCUUCCAAAUGAAACAUCCGGAAUGGAGAACAGGACAGUGAUCGUGACGACUAUUAUGCCCGUGUUGAAGAAUCCUUAUUUAAGAAACUGAGCAGAAAGAAGAAAGGACACUGCAGAGCCGAAAACUGAGCCCCCUCCCUAUAUUAAGGCAUGGACAGUCACAGACAGAUCUGAAGCGAAAAAAGCAAUAAUGCUGAGCCAUGGACAGGCGCUUCCCCAGCUGAAAUGAGCUCCACGAUGAGAAACUGAGCCAUGGACAAACACAGGCAAAGACAAAGCCCAGCCCUCAUUAAGCAACUGAACGAUGGAUGGACUCUGCAAGAACAGUAAUGAUCCAUGCAUUAGGAAACGGCGCGUGGGAUGAAUCGGCAGGAGUGUUCAUUUAGGGGUAAACAAAUAGGUUGAAUGUACUGUGUACUACAGUACUGUGCCAAAGUCUUAGACACCCAAUUAUUUUGUUUUAGUACAAAUUUGUUAAAGAUUUUUAUUUUAUGACUUCUGCAUUAUAGAGUCAGUACAAAAACAGUUUAGGUUUCCAAACUUUAGUUUUCCAGCAUUAAAUUAAAUGUUCCAGAAAAAUGUUUGUAUGUCUGUAAUGAAAGCAGUAUAUUACGCAAGAGGCCACUUUUCAGACAAAAAAACGUAAUGAAGGCUGCUGGGUUUUGCUGCAGAAAUAAGAAGCAAGUGUGACAGUCAAAGUCUCCAGAAGAACUGUGGCUGCUUCUGCAUGGUGCUCAUUAAAACUUACAGCUCAUUUCCUUAGAAAACUGCACAAACUGUACCUGAGACUACUAAUUUUUUAGGGUCGUCACACCAAACACUGACUUUGUUUCAUUUAUUACUGUUUACUGCUCUUUAUAGUAUUUUUUAAAUGUAGAAACAUUAAAUUUUUUUUGAAGGUGUCUUUGCUCUUCGGCGUGUUUUUGCAUGUGCCUAAGACUUUUGCGCAGUGCUGUAGAUGUGUUGUAAAUGUACCGAGCGUGCAUGGUUCAUUCAUUCAGAUACAUUCGUUAGGAGGUUUUUCACUACAAUCAGCAGAAGUUUUCAGUAUUUAGCAUUCAUUAGGAAUACACUAACUAUUUUCAGACGUUUAAGUCAUUUUCUCUGAAUUGUUCCUGCUUGAUAUUUCUCUCUGUCGAAUGGUUCCUCAAAAAUGUUAUUUAUUCCAAUUGUAGUAGAUCAGUACUUCUUUGGUAUCAGACAUUUGCAUGUUAGCUGCAAGUCUGAUGUAGCUAACAAGUAAUGGGUGUCUGUUUCAUGGAAAAUAAGUAGUUCCUAAAUCUUUGUAUACACUGCUUCACACAACAUCAUUAGCCUCUUAAACUAUAACUAGCCUUGUAUUCCUUAUUCUUAUAACAUCAUUUUCCUAUUACACUGUAUUUAUUGAAUACUAUAUGGAAGCUGGGACUUUAAGGGAUUAACAUACAUCCCAUUUUGAAUAAACUAUUUUGCAAAAUAGCAGGGAUCAUCCACAGAGCUUUAGGAUAUAUUUGGUGUCUGACAUUUGCAUCAUUAGCCAUGAGUCCAUCUACUGUAGCUAACAACUAAUGGACAUCUAAGUCAAGUAUUUUCUAUAAAUACUUCCCAAAUCUGUAUAUACAUGCUUCAGAUACCAUUGUUAACCUCUUAAACUACCAGGAUUCGUCAGUGGAUUGAGACUUGCAUUCUUUACUCAUAAAUACAUACUUUUCCUAUUACACUGUAUUUACACUGUAUUUACUAAAUACUAUAUAGAGGCCAGUACUUUAAGGGAUUAACAUACAGUACUGUCUUUGGCACAUCCAAAGAAAUGCUGUAGAGCAAAGAUGCCUUCAAAAAUAAUGAAAUUAAAUGUUUCUACAUUAAAAAAAUACUAUAAAGAGCAGUAAACAGUAAUAAAUGAAACAAAGUCAAUGUUUGCUGUGACGAUCCUUCACUUUUAAAAAAAAAUAGUAGUCUCAGGUACAGUGUGUGCAGUUUUCUAAGGAAAUGAGCUGUAAGUUUUAAUGAGCACCAUGCAGAAGCAGCCACAGUUCUUCUGGAGACUUUGACUGUCACACUUACUUCUUAUUUCUGCAGCAAAACCCAGAAACCUUCAUUAUGUUUUUCUGUCUGAAAAGUGUCUCUUAUGUAAUCUGCUGCUUUCUUUACUGACAUACAAACAUUUUCCUGUAAGAUUUAAUUUUGUGCUGGAAAACUGAUGUUUGGAAACCUAAAAUGUUUUUGUACUGAAUCAAUAAUAUAGAAGUCAUAAACUAAAAAUCUAGAACAGAGUUUGUACUAAAAAAAUAUAGGGUCUUUUGCACGGUACUGUACAUAAUUGAAAUUUUUUAUAAAUUAUCAUUGCAAAAUAGCUGGGAUAAUUCACCUAAAUUUCACUUGUCACCAGUCACCAGACCAUCAAUUCCUUCCUGCAGUAAAGUGUACUAUAAUGGAAGUGAUAUAGUUAGAGUUACAUUCUAAACUUACAUUUGUACUUAUGAACUAUCCCUGCAAUUUUACAAAAUUGAGUUUGCAUAAGCAAAUACAUUUGGAGCGAUUAAUUUUUUUUUUGCAGAACCAUUCCUUUAAGGUAAGCACUUGCGUGCAAGCUUUUUUCUGUUGUUUUUUUGCUGGGUUGUAAUUCUGCAUGAGUGACUAUUCUGCAGUAAAACAUGUCUUGGCCCUGCUGAUAGCCUGCACUAGUGGCACUAUGCAUCACUGUUAAUAAACUGUCUACACUUUUAUUGUUCCUGCCCCAGUGAACGCCAACUGACCCGGGAUGUCCAUUAUUGGGCCAACCUGGUCUGACUUUAAUUAGACUAAAAAGACAUUGUUAUGGAUUCACAUUAAAUCAGUCUUGAUGUGAUUUGAUCUGGCCUCUAAAUAUUCACCUAUUUUGUCCAGGUUAAGUUUGACGUACUACACCAACGGCAACAAAAGACGUUCAAAAUCCAUGAUGAAAUUACACGUUUCUCCUGAAAUUCCCAAAAGUCGUCUUUGCACUCACUGAGACUGAUCAAAGCUGUCCAAGAAUAAUAUUAAAAAUAUAGAAACUACUAAUAAAAAGUGUGUAAAUAUGUGGCAUAUGCUGCCUCCUCACACUGCAAAAAAAAAAAAUCCAAGAUGAAAUGAAUCAUCAGUCUGAAUUUAAUGAAGAGCUCUCUGUUUGCUGGGGGGCGAGUUCUUGAUUCGCCCUGCUGGGCUUUAUGCCUUUCAUGGUUCUGGGCCAGCCAUAUGGCUUAGAAAACAUCUCUGAGAAGAGAGGCAGGUUUUUGAGAGUGUUUAUGGAAAUGUGUCUCACUUGGCAAGAUGUGGAUUUCAUGAAUUUUGAUAAACUUGGUAAUUUGUUAUUUUCAAAUUAUAAUAAAGCAUAGUGGUGUGUUUUUUGCGCUGUUUAGCCUUUCUCUAGUCUCUAGAAAAUGUGUUUUUGUUUUUUCCUACUUGGAUUAAUUGUAAUUUUUAGGUAUUAAGGCAAUUAUUUCUGUGUUAUGAUCAUGUAAGCAGUUUUGGAUUGUGUAAAGUAUUCUAGUGUAGUGCUGCAUAUGAAGCUUUAAAAUAAAAAAAUUCAUUGAGAUUAGUUUUGAACAGUGUUUGAAGUCUUAUAUUCUGCUUUGUAAGUGGUUGUGAGUUGAAUAUUUACAGCUAUCGACAGCUCGUUGUAUUACUGUGCCUUGUUAUAGUUAAUAAUGGUAAUGAUGGCAUUGGCUCUCUGACCUUGUACAUUAUUUAGCCCUGAUUAUGACUUUCUUUAUUGAUAACCUCUAUUCAUUGAUUAUAUUAUGACCUCCAUAAUGUGUUGCAUAAAAGAUGUUUUAUUAUGUAAUGAUUUUUAUUACCUAGUGAUGUAAUUCUAAAUGUAAUGGAUGUUCUACAGUAGAAUUAUAUGAAUAUCAGAAACUGAAUUCUGUUAGUGUGUUGCAGUUGUAUUUCCUUUGCUGUAUGUUUUAUUUCUCUGUUCUGGCAAACGUGAUGUGUUGAUAUGUAUUAAAUGGGUAUUCUUUUUUCCUU